AUGGCCUGUCGCAAAGUCUUCACCGGCAGCAAGCGGAAACUUGUUCUGGCAUUCGAUCUGGGCACAACGUUCAGCGGGGUAUCUUUUGUGGUUCUGGAUCCUGGAAAUGUGCCCAGAAUCCAGACCGUCACGCGUUAUCCUGGUCAAGAAGCUGGCGACACGAAGAUUCCAACCAUCGUAUAUUACGACAAGGACGGACACCCAGUCGCUCUCGGCGCCGAGGAGCCACCGCUUCCUGAAGACACGGAAGACGACGACGAAUGGCAGGCUGAGCCGCUGAAACUUGAGUGGUUCAAGCUACUGUUACGGCCUGGUACAGCAUCCCUCACGCUCAACGAAGACAUUCCUGCGCCACAGCUACCUGGGAAGAAGACCAUCGUGGAUGUGUAUGCGGACUUCUAUGGCUAUCUCUUCAGAUGCGCUCGCACAUUUAUACAAGAGACACACACAGCGAUUGGCGCUCUGGUCUGGGAGUCGAUGCAAGAUGAUAUAGAGAUCGUGCUCAGCCAUCCGAACGGUUGGGGUGGUCCGCAACAAAGCACGAUGCGGCGCGCCGUCAUACAAGCCGGUAUCCUUCCGGAUACGCCUGCUGGUCGUUCGCGCGUCACUUUUGUCUCUGAGGGCGAGGCUAGCCUUCACUACUGCGUGUCCAGCGGUCUUCUCUCCAAUGAGAUCGAGGCAAAGAAGAACAUGAUGGUCAUUGAUGCUGGAGGAGGUACGGUUGAUAUCAGCACAUACUCCUUCAAGUCCGCAGAGCCGGUGAAGGUCGAAGAGAUAGCGCCGCCGAACUGCCUCGUGGAGGGUUCGGUCAUUGUUCGGCACCGUGCGGAAGCGCUCAUACGCGGACGGCUGGUGAGGUCGAAGAAGUUUAGCGCCGAAGCGUACAUUCAAGCCAUCGUGCAAGAGUUUGACAAAGUCGCCAAGAAGCGCUUCAAGGGGACGGCAGAUGCCAACGUGAAGUUCAGCAAUCUAAUCAAUGACAGAGACGUCGGGGCCGGCAUACGUAACGGCGCUCUCAAGCUCACAAAAGACGAGAUGUGCUCCUUGUUUGAUCCCGCCAUCAACGCCAUAGUCAACGCCAUUGAGGAUCAGCGGACUGCAGCUCUCGCCCACGGCAGCGUGCAGACCCUUUUCCUCGUUGGCGGCUUUGCGUCCAGCGAGUACGUGUUUGAGAGACUGCAGUCGCACUUCGGGGGCUGUGGCUUGACGGCACAAGUAUAUCGUCCGGACGCACACGCUAAUAAGGCAGUGGCUGAAGGUGCAAUAUCAUUCUACGUUGAUCAUCAUGUGUCGGCAAGGGUCGCCCGCUGGACGUAUGGAACGGCGAUCAAAGUCCCGUAUGAUCCGUCCAUACCCAGUCAUGCGCAGCGUACGCAUCGUGUCUAUAAGGACGCGACGGGGACAUACAUGCUCGAGAAUGCCUUCUAUCCACUUAUACAGAGGGGAACGCAAGUUGCGGAGACAGAAGACUUCUCUCGAACCAUCAACUUCCAUAGUCCCAAAGAUCGCAAGGACACCGACCUCACGUCAAUCAUAUUCGCAUAUCGAGGGUCAUCUGACAUUCUCCCAACCUUCCUCGACGAGGACGAAGACUCUUUCGUCGCGCUAUGCAAAGUGUCCAGUACUGUGCAUGACGUGCCGAGCGUAGAUGGCUACCUUGUCGGACAACCUACGUACUAUUUCGACCACUACGGCGUUCAGAGAAAAGCCGAACCGGCGUAUCGAAUGCAGACCGUGGACAUCGUGAUCUCUUUUGGUCUCACCGAGCUAAAAGCACAUAUGUCGUGGGUCGUCAGGGGAAAGAAACAAAGGAGCCCUGCGUCUGUUAUCUACGAGGACGACUUCGCCAUCACGGUCCCCGGUUGA